AUGGCUCUCUUCACUGCCCUGCUUGCCUUAACUCUUUUGGCCCAGAUCAGCGCUUUUGACUUGGGCCAGUCUACCCGCUGCAUACCCAUACCUCGCCAGCUGAGUGUGUGUCAUGAUGUGGGCUACUCAGAGAUGCGACUGCCUAACCUCCUGGGCGAUAGCAGCCUGGAGAGUGAGGUGGUGCCACGCUCCAACGACUGGCGUUCCCUGCUGCAGACAGGGUGCCACCCUCAGGCCCAAACCUUUAUCUGCUCUCUUAUCGCUCCUGUCUGCCUAGACACUUUUAUCCAGCCUUGUCGAAGUCUGUGUCUGGCUGUGAGGGACAGCUGUGCUCCAGUCUUGGCUUGCCACGGCCAUCAAUGGCCUGAAGAACUGGACUGUGAUCGUUUCCCCGCUCAAGACGACAUGUGUCUCACACCACUGCCCAAACAUAUCAGCAGGUUCUCUAAAGAUCUCCCCAAGCCUGUAUGUCAGUCGUGUCCUCCAGUAGAUGAGCUUCCUUCUCUGAAGACAGUGAUGGAUGCCCUUUGUCUUACUGACUUUGCCGUUAAAGCCAAGCUGUUCCGCCGCCGCGUGGCUUCAUCGGAGCCAGAGCUCGAGGUGGAGGGAAAGGUGGAGUUCAUCCAGCGCGGCCCGCUGCUUCCAUACGACACCAACAACCUGCUACAGCAAUGGCUGCUGCUCAACCUGCGCUGUGCGCAUGCACUGGUGAAGCCCGGACGCGCGCAGCUCUACCUGAUCACCGGCACGACGCGCUCCGACGGCACCGUGGAGCUCACGCACCUUUUCCCCUGGUUAAAGAAGGACCUGCACAUAGCCGCAGCUACCCGCAAGUGGAAACACCACAAGUGCUGA